UAUGGCUCGGACACUUUCAACUAGCCUUAACCAUUUCAAACGUAAAAUUUAAACAAUUUGAAUGAAAUCUUAACUAAAAGUAUUCAUACAAUCAAUUUGAACAAUAUUACAUGUUCAGUAGCUUCGUUGUCGAGUAAUUUAUUGGUGACAUAACCUAUGGUGUUGAAAUCAAAUAUUUUGUGUUUUGCUAUUUCGUAAAGAAGUUCUUAUAGUUAACAUAGCUAGCAUGUGUUUAGUUUAUAAAACCAAAUUGGAGACCAUGAAAUAAUGUCAUGUGAUGACAAUAAAAAGGGAUAUGUCUGAAAGGCAGCUACUAGAACAUAGCUGCCUAAAUGAAGGUAGCAUAGCAGUAAGCAUGCCAUCACCAAGAAUCCCAGAGCAUUGGAAGGAGUUUGUGUGUGGUGGCGGCUCGGCCUUCUGCAACAUAUUAAUUAGUUAUCCGCUGAAUAAACUAAUUUUUCGACAGAUGAUGCACGGCGUUGAGACUACGUUUGCACUGAACCAGCUGCAAAAAGAGGGUCUUGGAUACUUGUAUCGUGGAAUGCUCCCACCUCUGAUGCAGAGAUCCCUCUCGAUGUCUCUGAUGUUCGGAAUAUACGAUGAAUGCUUACAUCCACUACUCGAUUACAAAGUUAACCCCUACGUUGCUAAAAGUGUAGCAGGAAUAGUUGCAGGAUGCUUCGAAGCUACCCUAAUGCCGUUCGAGAGAAUACAAACAUUGUUAAUACAUCCAAAGUAUCAUAAAGAAUUUACGAAUACGGCACACGCAACGAAGCACAUAGCUAAACAUUACGGCAUCAAAGAGUUCUAUCGAGGGCUAGUUCCUAUAUUACUACGUAAUGGUCCUUCGAACGCUAUGUUCUUCAUAAUUCGUGACGAAGUAAAGGAGCGUCUUCCUCAACAAGACAAGAUAUUAUAUAAGAGUUUACAAGAUUUCCUUGCCGGGGCAUCGAUAGGUGCUUUAUUGAGCACAUUAUUCUAUCCUCUGAAUGUUAUAAAAAUAGCAAUGCAAUGCGAGCUCGGAGGUCCGCACAGAACGCUUUCGUAUGAAUUCGGAUAUAUUUUACGGAAACGAGGCGCGAAGUUUUAUAAAAUAUCUAUUCCAUAAAUAUUUUUAGAAACUGAACGUCCUGCAUACCGAAAAGAUUAUAUCUACGAGAAGGCUUUUAAGACGUUUUAUAAACUCCACAAUACUGCGGCGACGUGGCCCGAUGCCAAGAUACGAUGCGAAGCAGAAGGCUCCGAGUUAAUGAUACCUGAAUCGUUAGACGAGGCGGACGCAAUGCCGGUGCUAAUCACAGCCGUACUUAGCAAAUACAACGGGGUUUAUGUAGGAAUACAUGACUUGUAUUCGGAAAGGACAUACGUAACUUUGAAAGGAAAACUCAUGCAAGACACCAUUUUGAAUUUACUUUGGGAGAGAAAUGAGCCGAGACCCAACGGUGGUCGAUGUUUAGCAAUGCAACGGAGCGGUCGCUUUUUCGUGAACCCAUGUACACAGCCAUUACCGUUCAUCUGCAAGACAAAAGCGGAAAAAAUAACUUAUAAUAAAGAAUGCAAAUCGUUCGAUAAACGAUGGAAACUGGGCUCGAAAAAUAUUUGUUUCUAUAUGCAUACGGAACCGCAAACAUGGUAUCAAGCCUACAUGACAUGUUUGGCUUCCGGUGGACAUCUGCUUAUAGUUAACGAUCGCAAUGAAGCCAAAUAUGUGAGGGAUUUGUUUAAAGAAACGCCUGAAAGGAGAGUUCCGGAUAACGAGUUUGCUUUUUUGGGCUUCAGCGACCUAUUUCAAAUGCAUAAUUUUAAAACCAUACAUGAUCAGAAAAUCGAAGACGUAGGCUACUCCGAUUGGGAUGUCAAGUGCUCCCAAAAUGACAAAUCCGUACCCCAACGCUGCGGUGGUGUUCGACGAAAUGGUCUUCUGACCACCGGUGACUGUAACGUGCCGGCCAUGUUUUUUUGCGAAAAACCCCUCAAUGCAACGGUCUCCAAGCAGGCGUUACGACAAAGAGUAAAAAAGGCGAAGCCUGCACUGCAGAGCCAAGCACAAAUGAAUUCUGCAGACGGUCUUUUUGAAGAUAUUCUAUAA